UCUGUGUGUUCUGCAAAGUCUUUGACCCUCUUGUCAGUUGAAGUUUUGUUUGACGCAGACUUUGUAUCAACCAUGCCGUGACUAUUUAAAGUGUAGCAUUUGGGUUUUUUCAUUUUGGACUGCAUUUUCUUUGCAUAUCUGUGAAUUAGCUGAUUCUGGAGCCAUGGAGGUGUGUAGGAGAAGAUGCAUGGUACAAUUGUGGAUUCUCUUGCACUUGACAGCUUGUGUGGCAGCUAUGAAGGGAAGGUGCAGUCUGUUCGGGCGUCACUAUGUUCAUACGUUCGAUGGGGUUUUGUAUGAGUUUCCUGGAGACUGCAGCUACCUCCUGGCUGGAGACUGCAACCAUCACUCCUUCACACUGCUUGGUGACCUUGUCAAUGGUAAAAGAACUGGAGUUACUCUGUUUGUUGGGGAUGCUUUUGAGCUGCAUCUGUCUGUCGAUGGACUACUAACCCAAGGAGAAAAAAUCCUCUCUUUGCCCUACGCUUCUCAUGCUGUGUUUGCGGGCUCAGAGGUGGGCUUUUACAAACUUUGGAGUGAAGAGUUUGGCUUCACUGUUACCAUUGAUAACGCAGCCAACAUUGCCUUGACACUGGCCAAACAUCAUGCUAACCGCACCUGUGGCCUCUGUGGCAACUUCAACACCCUAUCAGCUGAUGAAUACACCGCCCAAGAAGGAUUCCUCACAGAGGACAGUUAUGAUUUUGCCAACUCAUGGGCAGUGAAGGGGGCUGGUCAGUCAUGUCAGCGUGUCACAACUCCCAGCCAGUCCUGCAACAGCACAAAACAGACUUCAGAGAUUUUGUCCAGCUGCAGUGUUCUGCAGAAGUCUACUGUAUUUCUGCAUUGUGCCCACCUGGUCUCUCCUGAGGCCUUCCUGAUGCUGUGUCAGGAGGAAGCGUGUCACUGUGACCAGGAGAAUGGCGUGGACUGCUUCUGUCCGGUCUUGCUGGAGUAUGCGCGCACAUGCCAAGCACAUGGGAUUGUUCUGCACGGCUGGCUUGAAGAAAGCAAAUGCUUCCCCAAGUGUCCAAUUGGGAUGAAGUACAGUGAAUGCACCAAGUCUUGUUCCACCACGUGCCAUAGUCUAAACAUCCAGGAAGUCUGUAAAGAUGAGUGCAUAGAUGGUUGCACAUGCCCAGUUGGUAAGGUUUUAGAUGGCAAUCGCUGUGUGGAGGUGUCUCAGUGUUCCUGUGUGCACAUGGGACGGCAUUUCCCUCCUGGAUCCACUAUUUCUCAGGACUGCAACACCUGUGUGUGUCGUCAUGGUUCCUGGGAGUGCACCAAUGAAGGCUGUCCCGGAGAGUGUUUAGUGCUCGGUCAAUCUCACUUCAAGACCUUUGACAACAAGUUCUUUACCUUCACUGGCCACUGUCAAUAUUUGCUUGCAAGGGACUGCACGGAUCAAGAGUUUUCUGUCAUCAUUGAGAAUGUGCAGUGUGCUGAUGAUCAGAAUGCAGUGUGCACACGUUCAGUGACUCUCAGCCUGCCCUCUCUGGAAAACAUGUCAGUGAAGCUGAAACAUGGGGGGAUUGUCUCUGUCAACGGCAUGGACAUCCAGACCCCAAUGAAUCAUGGCCGUCUGCAUAUCCAAAGAUCUGUCCAGACAUCUGUGCGAGUAAAGUUUGGAGACAACCUUCGACUGGACUGGGAUGGGCGUGGCCGCUUGCUCUUAAAGCUGGGACCAAAAUGGGUAGGACGCACCUGUGGUCUCUGUGGUAACUACAACGGUAACCAAGGUGAUGACUUCCUGUCUGGUUCUGGACUGGUUGAGGCGAGCCCUCAGGCAUUUGGUCAGUCCUGGAGGAUAAACGGAGACUGUGAAUCUACCCACAAACCUGAGAGUGAUCCAUGUGCUAUUAAUCCCAAAAGAGUGCGUUUUGCAGAAGAGGCAUGCUCAGUUAUCAUGUCUGAGGUGUUCAGCCCAUGUCACUUUAUGGUGAACCCGGGUCCGUUCCAGCGGUUCUGUCGUUAUGAUGUAUGUGCAUGUGGGGAUGGUGAAGAGUGCCUCUGCUCUGCUCUGGCUGCCUAUGCAUCUGCCUGCUCAGCCAGAGGGGUGCUGCUCAACUGGAGAUCUCCCUCACUUUGUGAUAUGGAGUGCUCCGGUGGCCAGGUUUAUGAGGCAUGUGGGAGUGUGUGUGACCGGACAUGCCGCUCUUUGUCUGGAGCUGAGGCAGGCUGUGAGGGUGAGAGAGGGUGUGAGGAAGGCUGUUUCUGUCCUGCUGGAAAGUACCUGAGUGACUCCGGAGAAUGUGUGACUGCUGACCUGUGCACCUGCUUACAUGAUGGACAACUCUACCAACCUAACGAUGUCUACGCUGAUCACAACAGCAUCUGUUACUGUGAGAACGGUGCCAUGCGCUGCAGCUCUGCUGAAAUGAGUACAAUGCUGUCAGAUCUUUUUUAUGAUGAUGACCUGGCACCAUCCAGAGAGCGGCGGUCACCUCAGUGCCCUCCUCCACUGGUACGUACAGAAUGUGGUGCUGGAGAAAGAGGCCUGGAGUGUGCCAGGACCUGCCAGAACCUGGACUUGCCCUGUGUCAGUCUUGCCUGCAUCCCCGGCUGCCUCUGUCCUCCUGGCACAGUACGCCACCGCAGAAGCUGCAUCGCACCAGAGCAAUGUCCCUGUUACCAUAACAACAGGCCUUACGCAGCAGGACAGACGAUAUCUGUGGACUGCAACACCUGUGUGUGUGAGAACAGGAAGUGGAAAUGCACAAAUAAGGUGUGUGAUGGCGUGUGCCGCACUGUCGGAGAGGGGCAUUACAUCACAUUUGAUGGCCUCAAAUACUCUUUCCCUGGUCUCUGCCAGUAUGUCCUGGUCCAGGAUAUGUGUAAUGGAGAAGAGGGUUCAUUUAGAGUGCUGGUAGAAAAUGAGGCCUGUGGAAUUGUGGGGCAUCGCUGCGCAAAAGCUAUCACCGUCUUUUACCAAGGAGGAUUAAUUGUAAUGCAGCAUGGGGAGGUGAAGAUGAAGAGGCCAGUGCUACAGGAGAAACAAGUGGAGAUCAUUCGAUCCGGUCAAUUCUACACACUGCUCCUGGGGAAACACAUCACCCUCAGCUGGGACAAAGGAACUCACCUUGUGGUCCACAUCUCAGCCUCAUACAGGGGUCGGGUGUGUGGCCUAUGUGGUAACUUUGAUGGAAAUGUCAACAAUGACUUGAUGAGCAGUAAUAACCAACUGGAGGUGGACUCCUCACAUUUUGGCAACUCCUGGAAGGUGGUACCCAGCUGUGCUGAUGUAACACAGAUUCGUGCUCCUUGCAGUGACAACAUUGUUAAGUUGGUAACGGUGGAGCAGUCAUGUCGUGUGCUUACCAGCUCCCUCUUUAAAGAAUGCAACAGCCAGGUGGAUGCAGAACCGUAUGUAGAGAUGUGUGUGGAAGCAGCCUGUUCUUGUCCAUCAGUUGGUGACUGCGCAUGUUUCUGUGAUGUUAUCGCGGCCUAUGCUCAGGCUUGUUCAGAGCAGGGUGUAUCCAUCCACUGGAGAUCUAAUGAGCUUUGCCCCAUGAGCUGUGAGGAGCUGAAUCCUAAGAGCCCAAGUUCAGGAGAGGUAUUAUGCCAGUGGAGGUAUAAUACCUGUGGCCCUGCCUGUCCGAUCACCUGCCAACACCCAGAUCCCCUCCACUGUCCGCUCAAAUGUGUGGAAGGAUGCCAUGCCUAUUGUCCCCCAGGCCAGCUUCUGGAUGAGGUAGCCAUGCGUUGUGUUGAUCCAUCUAAGUGUCAAGUGUGUAUUCAUGAAGGUCAGAGAAUCUCCCAUGGCAACAAAGUUAUUCUCAACCAUGAUGUGCCUGACCAGUGCAAGAUAUGUCACUGUGAAAACAACACCCUGAGUUGUGAAGCUUGUUCCUCCGUCAUUUUGUUUACUACUCCCACACCAACUCCUUCAUGGGCCACAUACACAACCCAGCCUUUUACAACCUUGAUGCCUGAGGGGAACUGUGAUCGUGCCAUGGAUCUAGCUUUUCUGUUGGAUGGUUCUGAAGCCCUGAGCGAGGAUGAAUUUCAAGCAACCAAAGAGUUUAUACUCGGAGUGGUCGAACGAUUCCGCAUGGGCUCAGCACACACUCGAGCCACAGUGCUGCUUUACCACUCUGGAGUCAAAACAUAUGACCUCCAGGUUCAGAAGUGGCUGUUUAAGAAAACUGUGCGGGAGCUUCAUUACACAGGAGGAGAUGCAGCCUUUUUGGAUGAGGCUGUAAAGUAUUUGGCCAUCAACAUUUAUGACAAGAACAAACGUGAGCACGCCGGCCGAGUUGCCAUUAUUUUGACAGCGAGUCCAAACCCUCGUUCCAUGCGUGGUAUCAUCAAGAUGCUCCGGAAGAAAUCCAUCACCACACUAACUGUGGCCCUAGGUCCAGGGGUAGACAUGAGUCAGAUUAAUGAGAUCACAAAAGCCAACCCAGAAAACAGAGCCUAUGUGCUUAGCAGCACAGGUGAGCUCUCUGAUAACCUGUUAGAGCUGACGGAUUACCUCUGCACAUUAGGUCUUGAACCUGAGGUGCCAAAACCUCCAACACCGAAGUCUACGCCAGGUAAACCUCAAGUCACAACCACCACCACCCCAGCGCCUCGUCUGGAGUCACUUCCCUCACAAGCCCGCCCCAGCACUCCUGCUUCCACCCAACCCUCUGUGUUAUCUCCCAUUACCACAUCCCCAUCUUUCGGCCCUCCAUCCAAAGAAGUGACAUUCAUCCUGGAAGGCUCUGAUUCAGUCGGAGAGGCCAACUUUAACAAAUCGCUCCUGUUCUUGGAGGAAGUUAUCACACAGCUGGCAGAGGAAGAGAAGUCUAUACGCAUCACUGUAAUCCAGUACUCGGUAACAGUGACAGUGGAAAUCAGUCGGUGGGAGCUGAGAUGGCAGAGGACCCUGCUCCUGCAACGACUGAGGGAGAUUCAUUGGAGGGGUGGAAGCCAGACAAACACCGGUACAGCUAUUACUACAACCUUGCAGGAAAUGGCUACAGUCCCACCUUCACAGGGCCCCACUCCCCCUCAGCUGGUCUUUCUUGUAACAGAAAACCCACCUACUGAUACAGUAACACGACCAUCUAUAAACACUCACACGCAUGUCUAUCCCAUUGGGGUUGGACCCAAAGUGCGUGAAUUUGAUCUGCUACCAUUCAGCUCACCCCAGCGCCCACUUAUGGUGGAUGACUACAACCGCCUCACGACCUUGGUCCAUCGUGUGGUCAAUAUUACUCAUUCUACAGUCAGUCCACGCUCUCCUACACUUCCACCCCUGGUAGUCCCAACACUCUCCACCCUGCCCCCUUCAGUGCCAUGUCAGAAGGCCUUAGACGUUUUGUUCUUGCUGAAGUCCGGUGAGAUGUUUGAGGACAUGAAGACAUUUGUGAAGGCUUUCAUUAACGAUGCUGAUAUUGGGGUGAAUGGGACUCAAGUAAGUGUGGUACAAUAUGGAGAAAGCAAUACACUAGAGCUACCCUGGAAGCAUGAACAGAGCAAGUCACGCCUUCUGAGCCAGGUGGACAGCAUACCAAGCAGGCCCUCUGCUGCCCCUGCACUUGGCGCUGCACUGCGAUUUGCUGUGCAGACAGCUAUUUCAUUGGUCAGUGGUGGAAGAGUGGGUGUGCCCAAGAUUGUGGUGAUGCUGAUUACAGAGAAAUCAACAGAUGAUGUCAAAGAAGCAGCUAAUGAAGCACUGGCAGCAGGUGUGUCAGUGUUCCCUAUUGGAGUGGGACCUGGGUAUGACAGGAGUGAGCUUAAUGUGCUUGGUCACCAUGGUAACCAAGACAACACCCUUUACUUGAAUAGCAUCGAUCAGCUCCUGAUGUUGCUGACUCUAGACCGUGGAUACACAGAGAGAAUCUGCAGAGCUGGUCCACCAGGAUUGUGUGUGGAUGAUAAUGGGAUUGAAAGAAAGCCUGGGGAGUCAUGGCUAUUGGAGGAUGGCUGCCACUCACUACUAUGCCACCCCAGUGGGGCAGUAACAGUACAAAACCACAAAGUCAGCUGUGACAGACUGGAGCCCCCAGCCUGCAGAAACAAUAUGCCACCUGUGAGAGUCCAGGAGACCUGUAGCUGCCACUGGGAAUGCCCCUGCAUGUGUAUGGGCAGCUCCACUAAUCAUGUAGUGAGGUUUGAUGGCUUGGCUCUUAGGCUGGAUGGGGAGGGCUUGUGCUCCUACACACUUCUCACUGUCAGUAAAAGCAUUACUGAAGGAUCAGAGGUCAAACUACACAGUGGACCUUGCCAGGAUUCAGAAAAUUACAAUCAGGUCUGCAUGAAAGCCAUAGAGAUAAUCCACGGGCCACAUAAACUGAUGCUGAAGGAUGAUAUGAUGGCUUAUAUUGAUCGAGAGGAACUUGCACUGCCAUGGCGAUAUGCUGGCCUAGAGCUAGUUCGUUAUGGGGGAGUGAUGCUGCAGUUGAAAUCUAACCACGGCUACGUCCUGACUUUCACGCCUCAGAGCAAUGAAUUCACAAUCACUUUGCUUGGCUCAACAGCAGGCACCACAGCUGGACUCUGUGGUGGCUGUGGAGAGGAGAAGGUUAAUGUGCUUGCUUUACGUAAUGGCAACUCAACCAUCAACCAGCAGGACUUCAUCUCUGACUGGAUGGUAGCUAGAGAUGAUGGUGUGUGUUUGCCAGCACGAAAAGCAGUUUGUAUGACAGGAGCAGCAAUGGGAUGUCAGGCCCUACGUUCUGAAGUGUUUCAGCCCUGCCAUGAGCACAUACCGGUCCAAGUGUUUCUUGCCAAGUGUGAGGAGCAGGCAUGUGAGGAGUCAGAUAUAUGCGAGCUCAUUUCUGCCUAUGCAUUCCUCUGUAAACAGAGAGGUGUAUGUGUGGAUUGGAGGAGCCCUCACCUUUGCCCAUUCCAGUGCCCCGGCUCCAUGGAGUAUGAUGCGUGUCGGACAGGGUGUGUAGAGGACUGUGGUAGCAUACAGGCGUUGCCAGGCGACUGGGCAGUUGCCAGGGGGAACGAGUCGAUUUGUAUGGACACACCUACUGAAGGCUGUUUCUGUACUGGAGGGACAGUUUUGCAUCACGGGGUGUGUGUAUCACCAGAAGCAUGCAAUCAGUGUGUUGACAAUCAUGGACACACGUAUCCGUACAUGCAGUCUUGGGUACCUGAUGACAAUCCAUGUAUGAUUUGCAUGUGUUUGGACCAACAACACAUCAACUGCACUGCCCGGCCCUGCAAUGAUGUAAAAGCUCCUGUUUGUGGACCCUGUGAGAUCCUGAAGGAGAAGAGAGAGUCUAAGUGCUGCCCAGAGUAUGAAUGUGUGUGUGAUCUGGUAAACUGCGACCUGCCUGAAGUUCCACGCUGUGAGGACGGUCAGGUUCUGAUUCUAAAAAACCCCGGUGAAUGUCAGCCUGUACAUGAAUGCGUCUGCAAGAAGGAAGAGUGCUCUCUUCAGCCUCCCCCUGAUUGUCCCGCGCAUCGCACACUGUCAGUCAAAAAGACAAAGUGCUGUGAUGUGUUCGAGUGUGUGUGCAGCUGCCAGAACUCCACCCACUCCUGCCCUGCUGGGUUCAUCACAUCCUCCUCCACUGAUGACUGUGGCUGCACAGAGACCAGCUGUCAGCCAGACAAGGUGUGUGUUUUCGGGGGUGUUGUUCGCCCUGUGGGGAGUGAAUGGGAGGAAGGGUGCAAAAAGUGCAGCUGCAGCCAGUUGCAAGACAAAGAGACAUUACUGCAUAUUACGCAGUGUACCCCGCCUGUCUGUGAUAAGACCUGCCCUCUGGGCUUUACAUACUCUGCAUCAGACGGAGACUGCUGUGGGAAGUGCACACCAACAAGCUGUGUGGAAACUCCAGGAGAGAUGCGAGGAGACACACUAAUCAGAGGACAAAUCAGACAUGUGGGAGAUGUGUGGCAGUCUCCAGAUGAUAAAUGUGUGUUACAUCAGUGUAUGAAGGUGAAAGAUGAAGUGUUUAUCUCUGCUACAAAUGUCAGCUGCUCUGUUAUGGAUGCACCAUCCUGUCCAUUGGGAACAGAGUUACAAUGCAACACUCAUGACUGCUGCCCGAGCUGCCACUGUGCUCCAAUGGAUGCCUGUGUCCUGAACAACACUGUGAUAGGAGCAGGAGAGAGGCUGAUGGUGGAUGUGUGUACCCACUGUGAGUGCAUAGUAGAGGAAGGUGUUGUGAAGAAAUACAGACUAUCCUGCAGGAGAAUAAGCUGUCCCAGUUGCCCCAUGGGAUACACUUUGCAGAAAGAGGAAGAUGCUUGCUGUGGUCGAUGUGUUGCCACCACCUGUUUUGCACAAAGGCCAGAUGGACAGCUGGUCAGUCUGGAGGUGAACACCACUCGUGAAGAUGGCUGCAACCUUUACACCUGUGGUGUUAACAGUAAAGGAGAUCUUGUCCUGCAGACUAGAGUGACCACCUGUCCUCCAUUUAACCGGCAAGCGUGUUUGGACCAGGGGGGGAAGGUCAGCCAGAUUGGUACAACCUGCUGUGAAACAUGCACGGAACCACAGUGUCGAAGGACGAUGGGCAUGCUUAACUAUGUAAAAGUGGAUGAUUGCCAAUCAGAGCACCAGGUAGAAUUGCACUACUGUGAGGGCAAAUGUCGCAGUAAGUCCAUGUACUCCCUGGAGAGGGCUGCUGUGGAACAGGAGUGUGUGUGCUGUGCUGCAGUGGAGACAGAGUCUCUCAGUGUACCCAUACUGUGUGCCAAUGGCACACGAAGCCACCACACUGUCCUGUCAGUCACUGCAUGUGAUUGUCUGUCUAAACACUGCACCUAAAACCAGAGGAUGACAGAGAUAGGGGGGAAGUUUGACAUUGCACAUGGUUUCUGUCAUCCAAGUAAAAUGUACGCAUUUACAAAUAUACAAACUACAAGAAGAUAAACCUGACUUUUCUGUAAGCACUAUUUUGUGUCUGUUAUGUUAUUUUUAUGUUUCUAUAUAUUUUAAUUCUUUGGUUUUUAGAGUUGAGAUAUUUUUUCCUUCAUUUUUCCCAAACAGGUUGUAACCAUUAUCCAUGAAACUAUAAAAACUUUGCAACAACACAAACAGCCAUUGUUAUAACUUGUCUUUGUCUCAAAAUAUGUCUGAUUAAAAAAUGACAUUGUGAGCCAU